AUGGAUUAUUCCACUAAUUUUACAUAUUUCACUCUGGCAGGACAUGUGGAUUUACUUCAGUACAAAUAUAUUUAUUUUAUGAUUACUCUGAACGUCUAUAUAAUGAUUAUCUGCUUUAACACUGUUAUCAUUUCUGUUAUAUACAGAAACAAACAUCUUCAUGAGCCCAUGUACAUUUUCAUUGCUGCUUUGCUUUGUAAUGCUCUCUUUGGAGCGACUGCUCUUUAUCCUAAACUGCUCAUUGAUUUACUUUCUGAAAAACAAACUGUCUCUUAUGAAGUGUGUAUAGUUCAGGCAUUUUGCGUGUACUUGUAUGCUUCGUCAGAAUUUGCGCUGUUAUCAGCUAUGGCCUAUGACAGAUAUGUGUCUAUCUGUAAACCAUUACAUUAUUCAACUCUUGUAAAAAUGCACAUUGUCAAAAAUCUCUUAUUUUUAUCAUGGUUUUUGCCUUGUUGUACAAUUGGUGUAGCAGCUCUACUAGCAGCCCGACUUCAGCCGUGUAAAUUUAUAUUGAACAGAAUAUACUGUGAUAUUUAUUCUAUUGCGAAAUUAAGUUGUACAGGAACUUCUGUUAAUAACAUUUACGGACUUUUUGCUUUCAUCAUUACUGUAUUUCCUCCGCAGUUCUUCAUAGUCUACACGUAUAUCAGGAUACUCACUGUGUGUUUAAAGAAUUCUAAAGAUUUCAGAAGAAAAGCUCUACAGACCUGUUUACCACAUCUGCUCAUUUUCAUUAUUUUUUCUGUCGACAUGUGUUUUGAAAUUAUAAAUAACAGACUAGAAUCAAAGCAAAUUCCCCACAUUUUUACCAUGAUCCUGUCAGUUGAAUAUUUACUCAUUCCUCCUUUAUUCAAUCCCAUAAUAUAUGGAUUAAAACUGCAGGAGAUUUUCAAUGGUAUUAAAAGGCUGAUUUCAUGGAAAAAGAGGACUCAGAUUUCAUUUUAG